UAUGUGAGAGACUGCAGUGCAGAAUUGUAACGUGGAAGGAAAUGAUAAGGGGUUUCAACCUUUUUUUAAAGGCAAAAAUCUGAAAAGUGUGGCAUAUCUCCUGAGUCAGUCAUUUGGAAAACCACCUUUCGUUAUCCGCUUUGCCAUAACAGACAGAGAGCUUGUAUGACCCCAAUCUUUCAGGAGACCUUGUGUGACAUUAGUCCAGAUGCAUUUUCAGUGUCAAGAACACCCACGCUGCUCCGUCUGUGGAAAUGUGGAGCUCCUGCACAACAGUAGUCUUUACUGUGGUCGCAGUAUCAAACGUCUCACCUGUACACGUCCUGGAGUUUUGCGAAAGUGCUGAUCCAGCCUGCAGUAGUCAUGUGGACACAGCAUCAAACAACCAUCCCUCUGCAGAACCUGGCCAGACUAGGUGGAAAGAGAAUAUUUUAAAUCUUACUCAACAUCUGGAGCUGUUCAAACUGUCUUGCGAGAAGCUUAUUGAAGCAUUGCCAGUUGAUGAGAUCGACGGUAACUUUGUCCGCACUGUGAAGAACUGCAUAUUCUCCAGAUCCAAUCCGACUCCACUAAGCGGCUCUUUGAGACUGGCAGCAGUUUCCAAGGAUGUCAUUGAAGGGAUCUUGGAUCUAGAUGUGGCAGUGACGCGGUCAGAAGACUUCCUGCUUUAUGCGAGUGGAGCCAAACUGCUGCCUGGUUCUGCUCCGCUUGCUCACAGAUAUGGAGGUCAUCAGUUUGGCUACUGGGCAGGACAGCUGGGUGAUGGUCGAGCGCAUUUACUCGGGCAGUAUUUAAACAGGAAUGGUGAAACCUGGGAACUGCAGCUCAAAGGCUCUGGGAAAACUCCAUAUUCAAGGUUUGGAGAUGGCCGAGCCGUGAUCCGCUCCUCAGUCAGGGAGUUCCUGUGCAGCGAGGCCAUGCAUUUCCUGGGGGUUCCCACAAGCAGGGCUGCCAGCCUGAUUGUGAGUGAGGAACCAGUGCUGAGGGAUCAAUUCUAUAAUGGAAAUGUGAAAACGGAGAGAGGAGCAGUUGUGCUUCGGCUGGCCAAGUCCUGGUUUCGAUUCGGAUCCUUGGAAAUUCUGGCUGAAAAUGGAGAAAUCGAUCUUUUAAAAAAGCUGCUAAACUUUGUUAUUGGGGAGCAUUUUUCUUGGAUCCAUUCGGACGACCCGGAUAAAUAUUUGGUGUUUUUUUCCACCGUUGUGACUGAAACAGCGCAGCUGAUAGCUCAGUGGAUCUCGGUGGGGUUUACACACGGUGUUUGCAACACGGACAAUUUCAGCCUUCUGUCCGUCACCAUCGAUUACGGACCGUUUGGCUUCAUGGACUCUUACGACCCCAAUUUUGUCCCCAACUCAUCUGAUGAUGAAGGCAGAUACAGAAUAGGAGCUCAGGCUGAAGUUGGCUUGUUCAACCUGGAGAAGCUCUUGGUGGCCCUCAGUCCUGUCCUCACACAAGGACAGAAGAAACAGGCCACAAUUAUUUUAAAAGGGUACCUGAACAUUUACCAGAUGAGGCUUCAGCAGUUAUUUAAAGAUAAACUGGGGUUUCUUGGUGAUGAGGAGGAGGAGGAAGAUGACCACCUAAUUGUCUUGUUGCUUAAGAUGAUGGAGGACACAAGGUCAGACUUCACCAUGACUUUCAGGCAGCUUAGUGAGGUUUCAACCAAUCAGCUUCGCAGAAGGAACUUCACACAGAUGUGGGCUCUUGAAGACCUGUCAUCACACAAGCUGUUUUCUGAUUGGCUCAUCGUGUACCUGCAGCGGCUCAGUAGGCCACAGAGUGAAAGUGAUCUGCAUCGUCAGCAGAAGAUGAAACGAGUGAAUCCCAGAUAUGUGCUGAGGAACUGGAUGGCAGAGUCUGCAAUCAGAAGGGCUGAAGAGAGCGAUUUUUCAGAGGUGGAGCUGCUUCACCACAUCCUGUCAUCUCCUUUUGUUACACAAGACUCUGCAGAGGUGGCGGGGUAUGCAGCAAGACCUCCUCUGUGGGCUAAUAGGUUAAAGGUCAGCUGUUCUUCAUGAGAAAUACACUUGCUCCCUUAAUAAAUUAGAAUACUAUUAAAAAGGUAAUUCAUUUCAGCAAUUCAGCUCAAAAGAUGAAACUGAUAUUAAUUACGCAAGGAGUGAUGUAUUUAUUUUAAUUAAUUUGGUGAUUGUGGCUCGCAACUAAUGAAAACAGUCCGUCUGUCUGUCAUAAAAAGGACGGUCACUGACACCCUCCACAAGGAGGAUAAACCACAACAGGUCAUUGUUAUGGUAGCUGGUUUUCAUAGACUGUUUUAUCCAAGAAUAGUAACUUAAAAUUUAGUGGAAGAAAAAAUGCGCUAGAAAAAUGGUACAAAAGCUACAAGGAUAACCGUAGGAAGAUGAAGAGAAACGGCAAACCCAGUGAUGCAGAUGAGCUGAAGGCCUCUUUAAAGCAACCUGGGCUUCCUUAACACCUCAGCAGAGGCACAGGUUGAUUGCCUCCAUGCUACGCCGCAUUGAUGCAGUAAUUCAUGCCAAAGGACCCCUGACCAAGUGUCUGAGAAACUGAAUCUGCCAUUUUAAUUAGCUGUAAGCCAUAAUUAUUAAAAUGAUCCAAAGCAAGACAAAUACGUAUAUAUAGCAGGAUCUGUUACAGGUUAUCGCUCUUCUUUAUGCAACUUUAUGUCAGAAUGUUUUAUGAGAAGCGUGAAGGAAAGUACACGUUGGAUUUAUUAACAUGAUCUUCCAUGAAUCUGUCUGUAAUGCUGUUCUGUAAGUAAAAUCUUAUUUUAUAUUCUUGCAA